CGAACGCGACGGUUGUAUACAUUCGGGAGCUGCUCCCCCUCUUGGAAGGGAAAACAAGGAAUACAAGGUUUUUGGUUUUCUGCAAACGCAUGCUUGCCUGCUCUGCUUAUUUGUGCUGCUUCGCUGCAAACCAAGUGGAAGGUGAUUAGUCUUUACACCGCCGCUCCACCUGAAUAGGGAGCUAAUUUUGGAGAGCUUUAAUAUUUUUGUACUUUCCCGAGACUGUUACCCUUCUCUUUCGGAGAAAGAUAUGGGUUGAUGAUAUAAAUAAACAACUCCAACCGAAAGCGAUAGCGGUCGCGCGCGACAGCCAGGAUAGGAAUGGCCUUUAAAAUGGGCGUUAAACACGACAUGCGAUUAUUGUAAGUGAAGUGUAUUUAAUUGCUCCUGUCAGGUAGGAGAAGGAAAACGGGGUGAAAAACAGCAACAGUUAGCGUCGAUCUAGUUAGCAUCGCGCGAGCUCGCUUGGAUGGCGUGGGCAGUGCAGUGAAGGUUGCAGCCAGCCCAGGCGAACGAAGCCAGCGAAGAAUUGGGAAGACUAAUGAAUUUUUAUCGUGCCCCGAGAGGUCUAAUGAAAAUUUAUCGGUUACUCCAAAGGGAGGAUAAUGAUGAAACAAGUGAAGGUAUAGGGCGCAGGAGGCAUCUAAUAACAAAUAGUAAAGUAUUUAACGACGGAAACCUGCUAAUAGGGCCAGUGUACUUUGGAUAGGGAGCAGUCGGUGAAAGUGAUAAUGAUCUCUGGUAGCCUACUGCGAUGAAGAAGACGCUGAUGGCGACAGCGGAAGUCGGGCCGAGCAUUGUUGCAAGCGAAGAGGAAGCCUUUGGAAAGUGAAUCAAUUUUUGCGGACUUUGCCUUCCGAGCAGAGAGUUGGAGGUCGUUUUGGGGAGCGACGAGAGGAGUGAGUUAAAGUGGAAAAAGGAUUGAAUUACCGAUAAAGGGUGUUUGGUAGGCGUGCAAUUUGGAGCAAUUUUGUAAGGGAGAGCAUGGAAACGGUCGGUUCGGGGUGGAAGUGAAAAGCGAUCCUGUGUGUAUCGUCUGCCUGCCUGCCUGCCUGUCUGCCUGGAGUAGCUACCGAAGACGUCGAUAGGAUUCACUCUGGAGCACAAUCUGGAUCGACAUCCGAGAAAUCGUAGCGUGCGCCACCACUAAUUAGUUUGGAACCCAUCGCCUACUUUUGGGACCUGCCGUUGGUGACGACGCGAGAUGAGUCACAAUCGAGCACCGCCGAUACUGCCAACGACGAGCGACAAGAAACGAUAUAGCAGCCCCAGAAGCAGCACGAUCAGCAGAAGCGGCCGGGAAGGUUGCUGCCAUAGUAACGGAUACUGUCAUUUGUCUUCAUCAACCUGGGUUAGUGCUGAUCUGGCAAAGCUACGAUGCUCACGGCUCAUCAUCACCGGCCCACAGUGAUGAUGCAGACUAAACUCACGAAGAGGACGACGAUGAAGCUGGACACGAGAGAGUGUAUAUAAUAAAUAUUACCACCCUGUAGAGGAAUAAAGCAAACAAUGUGAUACUGACUUCAAGUCAAACAUCCAAACACGAAUGGUUAAACCAGUGAUUAGGCCUUCUCAACCCUAGCUCCAUUCUGUCUUAACUGUCGACAGCUAAUAAAAUCCAUAACCCUAAACUCCCUUCUGCGAUCCGGUCAGGUCCGAGGAGAGGUCAAACAGUCAAAAACUCGCUUUCAAAUUUUCCAAACCCAUAGAAUAUAAAUAUUUAGAAAGCUCGAAACGCAAGCAAAACCGCUCAGUACACAUCACAGCAAGCAAUCGAAACCGAAACCAAACUACGAAUCGCAGCAACCCGAAAGCGCUUCGAUUUUCAGUUGCGAUAUCCGUGAGCAGGAGGAGUAUGACCCAGCUGUAUCCGCUCGAGGAGCAACCGCAUUUUUGUUCAGUUUACUGGGGAGCUUUCAACGGGAACAGCUCUAGUGGGAGCAGCAGCACCAACUUCAACUCGGCCGCCAGCAUCAACUAUGGCGGGACGCUUCGAAGUGGGCUGUAUGAGGACCCGCGGAUAGAAUACCUUCGGAAAAUUUCCUACGGCAUCGCUCUGCCCAUCAUCUGCGCUCUGGGAAUCGUCGGCAACGUGCUGAAUCUGGUGGUGCUAACGAGGCGAAAUAUGCGCGGGACGGCCUACAUCUACAUGAGGGGAUACUCGGCCGCGGCUCUGCUGGCAAUCAUUUUCGCCAUUCCGUUCGGCAUGCGUAUGCUGAUCCACCGGGACUCGGGUCGGUGGCGCAACUUUAGCCAAGCCUUCUACUCCGCCCAUCUGGAGCUGUUCCUCGGCAAUGGUUGCUUGGGUGUCGGUGUGAUCAUGCUGCUGGUGCUGACGAUCGAGCGGUACGUGUCCGUGUGCCAUCCGGGCCACAUCCGGCGGUUCUGCCCGCCGCGAGUCACCGUCGCGCUGAUACCGGUGCUCACCUUUCUGAUCUACCUGCCGUCGGUGCUGCGCGGCGAGGUCGUUAAAUGUGUCUUACAAUCCGAUGGAACAAUAAUGUAUCAUAAGCGCGAUAAUAUGAAGUUUUUAGAUUCGUUAUUUUAUUCGAUUUACAAGGUGAUAUUGGAGAUUGUCUUCAAGCUGGCCCCGACGGUGCUAAUAGCCGGUUUUAACCUAAGGAUAAUGAUCGUGUAUCGUCGUACCUGUGAUAAGCGCCGCCGGAUGACGCUAUCCCGGAUCAACACCAAGGACGAGGAUCCGCGGAAGUUUGCCGAGGAGCGGCGGCUCAUGAUGUUGUUAGGUAGCACAUCGCUUCUCUUUCUGAUCUGUGUUUCCCCGAUGGCUCUCCUCCAUGUGACGCUAUCACCGGAACAUCUGUCCAGCUAUUCCUUCCAGCUUUUCCGAGCCCUCGCCAAUCUGAUGGAGCUCAUCAACUACUCGCUGACCUUCUACAUCUACUGUCUGUUCAGUGAAGACUUCCGGAACACCCUGUUCCGGACGAUCCGGUGGCCGUGGUUCGAGAAGCCACUCUACAACCGAGGAAGCGAGUUCCCGAUGAAACACCUUCCGCCCGGAUCGAUGCUCAACGGUCAUCACCAUCACCACCAUCACCAUCAUCACAACCACCAUGCCAAUGGCAAGCGCCGCCUAGCAAACAGCAAUUCCCCUGGCAACGGAUCGCUCCUCCAUCCGAACUCGAUCCAAAGCCAGCGCCUCUCGCCGAGUGCAACGAUGCAACAGCAGCACCUCCUAACGGCCACGACACCAAAUACGACGGCAACGACGACCCCACAGCACCUGCAGGCCACGCAGAUCACCCUGACGACGACGACCACCACUUCCGGCUUCUGCACAGCCAACGGCCGGUCCAGCAGCAUAUGAUAUUACGCCAACGGUGGCGGAGGAAGUAGCACGUGUUGCUCCGUCAGUCGCAGCGGUAGCAUCUCCAGUGGGAUCGGGAUCGUAACCAGAGGAAUCGAAACCACCGGAGCAGGAGAUGCCGACGCGAUCGAUGAACCGCCGCCCGUGGACGUUUGAGGGUUCAUGUAAGUGAGAAGAGGCCCUGUGAGAAUUGAGGCUAUGCGCGACGAUCGUCCAUAACCUCAAUCCCCAAUGAUUGCCACUUACAAAAAAAAACAAACGCCCUUCAACAUAAAUCGGAAUUGUACGAAUCUUUUUCCCCAAAAAAUUGUUCGAAAAAGACUUAACAAAAUGAAGAUGAAGACCCAAAACUAGUCGCCAUCUUUCCGAUAAAGUGGCGACGACAGUUAAACACAGAAACGUUAAAGCAAGAUUAUUUAUUGGAGUUGAUCGCUCCGCAUAGUUUAAGAGGUAAGAUUCCAUUAAACCUAGUUCAUCGAUGUUGCUGUAAAUAUAGAAAGCUGCUUUCUCUCCUGCUCGAAUCGAACCGGUACCGAUAUCGAAAGGGAAACCCAAAAAAGCAGUGUUCUACCCCUCGUAUUGUAGCUAUACGAUUUAGAGUUUAAAACAAAAGAAAACAAUUGGAAAACCAACCAGAUGAGAGACGAAAAUUUUACAUUCUACAUAUACUUAUAUUUAUAUACACUAAUUAACAACAUUAUUGAAUACAACGCUAAGCGCGUAUUUAAUAUAGAGAGGAGAAGAAAAGAAAAUCACACAUGUAAACGGUGCCAUUUCUCAAAAACAAAUAAAAAUUAAGAAAAGUCAUUGUUAGAGUCUACAUAUUUAGAUGCGAUAAAUAUGGAUGGAAGAAGUCACGAAACGUGGCGAAAAUUAGCCGGAAAAAGGAAAUACCUUUAUGCUUUCAAAAGUGUGUGCGUAAUGAACUAGAGAAUCAAAUUCUGAACCAGUUAUUGAAGAGCAUUAAGAAGUAUUAUAUGAUUAUACACUCACUCAAACAAACAAUUACAUUCACACACACACACACACACAUAUUGGAAUGUUGAUGGAAAUGAAAACCCCAAGUAAAACCGAAACGGAAAGGAAUGUAGAAUUGAUUUAAACAGUAAAUAAG